AUGAAGUUCAAUUUCGUAACAUCAUUAGCCAUCUUGGCCAACUGUGUUUUCGCCGCGGAUGAAACAAACUCUACUACUACAACAUCAAGAUCAACUUCAACCACCACCAAUUCCAACUCAAGGUCAACAUCAUCAUCUUCCAACACUUGUUCAUUCUCAAGAACUACCAUUACUAAUGCCACUGCGCUUCAAGAAUUGACUUCGUGUCCAACUUUGGAUGGAGAGAUUACCAUUUCCGGUAACGAAUUUGCUUCGAUUGAUUUACCCCAAUUACGAGAAAUCGCCGGUGAUGUCACUGUUAUUAAUUCGAGAUCAAUUGUAGCCAUCAACUUGAAUCAAUUGAGAAGUAUCGAUGGUAAAUUAACCAUUACAAAUAUGACUCAAUUAAAUACCAUUGAUUUAUCAAGUUUGAGAAAUUCACGAGAUUUGGAAUUGGUUUCAUUACCUUCCUUUGCAAAUUUAGUCUUGAAUAGUGAAUUGGAAAGUGCUGGAAAAGUUGUCUUGUCCGAUACUGCUUUAACCAAUUUGAAUGGUUUGACUUCAUUCAACAAUAUUCAGUAUAUGAAUAUUAAUAAUAAUAAAAACAUUACUCAAAUUCAAUUCCCCAAUUUGAAAAGUGUUACAGAUGCGUUGAUUUUAAGUUUCAACAAUGACGAUGCCGUGGUUGAAUUGAAUGAUUUGGAAUGGGCAGCUAAUUUAACUAUUCAAUCAGUGGGUCAACUUUCAGCUAGUGAAUUGAGAGCUAUUAAUGGAACUUUACAAAUUAGUUACAAUUUGUUUGAAUCUUUGAAUCUUUCCACUUUGACUUAUGUUGGAUCAAGCUUACAAGUUUUUGCUCAUGAUGAAUUAACAUCAAUUGACUUCAAAAACUUGCAAGAGAUUGGUGGCGAAUUGAGUCUUUUCAAUAACUCAGAUUUGCAUGAUUUACAAAAUAGUUUCCCCAAUUUGGAAGUUAUUGAAGGCGCAGUUGCCAUUAGCGGGGAUAUUGCCAAUUUAUCAAUGAGUAAAUUGGAAAAAGUUAGAGGUGAUUUCCAAUUGAAUUCAACUUCCGAGGAUUUUGAUUGUUCUGAAUUUGAUCAAUUACAUGAUGACGGUGAUAUCGAAGGUAAUAAUUAUAUUUGUUCAACUGCUGUUGAUGAAGAUGAGUUGCAAUCAGCUACGGGAACUACAACUCGUAGUGGUAGUACCUCCACCAGCACCGGAUCAUCCAGUGGAGAAGAUGAUUCGCCAAAUAGAUCAAACGGUGCCGACAAGUUGGUUAUCUCCAGCUUGUUUAUGCAUAUUGGUUUAAUCCUCGCUAUUUCUCUUUUAUAA